ACAUAAAGCGAUGGCAUUAUCGAGCCAAUCGGAGCGUGAGAUGCGCGCGACCGUGAUGUGAUGUGGGCGACGGAAGCGCGUGUAUUUGCACGAAUGACAUGAGGCGAUGUUUCUAUCUUUAUAAAAUAGACACUUAAUCAUCAGAUUGUCUAUAUCACGGAUAUUUUGUCAUCUCUUCACCCAGAGGUCAUUCAUAGCGGUUUAUGCAUCAGAUGAUGUCAUAUCUGAUCCUCAUUUUCAACCUUUGAUUGGGUAUCAACGUGGACCAUGGCCUCCACCGACCAAGACCAGGAGUCACAGCAGAAUCAGAACCACUACUUGUGUGGUUCUGUAGCGGCGUUCGCCAACAUCGUCAUCACGUUUCCCAUACACAAGGCGCUGUUCCGCCAGCAGUUGUUCGGAGUGCCGGCAUGGGAAGCUGUGCGACAGCUCCAGAGGGACGGUUUGCACACGCUCUACCGAGGCAUCCUCCCGCCGUUACUCCAGAAAAGCAGCACUAUUGCAAUUAUGUUUGGACUCUAUGAGGACUUCUCCAGGUUGCUGCGGCUAAACGCUCCUCAUGCCCCCAUCCUGUUAACGGACAGUAUUGCAGCAGUCUUGGCGGGAACCGCUGAAGCAGUCUUGACGCCAGUCGAGAGGGUCCAAACUUUACUGCAGGAUCCACGUCAUCAUGGAAACUUUCAGAACACUGCACAUAUUUUUCGUGCUUUGCUUCAGCAACAUGGAAUCCGAGAACUUUACCGUGGCCUUGUCCCGAUCCUACUCAGAAAUGGCCCUAGCAAUGUUUUUUUCUUCGGUUUGCGUGGACCAAUUAAGGAACUGCUCCCCGAGGCCGAGUCAAAGGCAGGACAUUUGGUUAAUGACUUUGUAUGUGUAGGGAUUCUGGGAGCGGCUCUCGGGGUGUUUUUUUACCCUCUGAAUGUAGUUAAGUCUCACGCACAAGUAAAGAUUGGAGGGGAGUUUCAGUCCUGCAGGGUGAUAUUGGCGACUGUUUUGAGAGAGAGGGAUGGGAAGGUGAGCCGUCUGUUCCGAGGUGUGCAUUUGAACUUCCAGAGAUCUGUUUUCUCAUGGGGAAUCAUAAAUGCUGCAUAUGAACUAUUAUUGAAAAUGGUCUGAUUGAGGGGAGAAAGAACAAAGGGGG